AGUACUACUUGACGAUUUUAUGAAGUUGUCACGGUGCACUUGUCGCAUGAUGGCGCAACAUGUUGUUCGCUCAAGCACACCGGCAGCUCUUUUAUUACUUAUUUUUGUGACAUCCAAUUUAGUAAAUGUUGAUGCAUUUACAAAAUUGAAAAUAUCUAAUAAUUUAAGUGUCAAAUCAGUAGAUGUCUUUAUUAAAAAACAGUCUUACAUACGCGAAAAUGUAUCUACCACCUCAGGUUUUUUGAUUGAAGUUCUUGGCACCGGUCUUGAAAAUAAUGUUUCAUUACGUUGGUCACAUACAUUUGACAAUUGCGAUUCGGAAAACAAAUUAAGUGCAGUUUGGAUCUCACCAAAUGGUAGUCGCGCGAUAUAUAAGUUUGUCAAGGUUCCUAAUUUUAAGGUUACCACAAUCUAUUUCUGUCUAAAAGUCGUCGGUGAAAUAUGGACCAAUCUUGGAAGCAAUUUUACUAUCAGAUUCCCAAUACAAUCAGAAAAAUAUUUUCGUAUGCGUCGUGCGAAUUUAUUAGGCAUUGUCAAUGAUGAUCCCAAAAAUCUUUUGACUGAGCAAAUCCAAGAUGUAUUUAUUGAAGGAUUGAGAAUAGAAACAUCAGAAAAAGAUCCUAGUUAUAGUGAAAAUGGUAUUCCAGAAAUACUUGCUGGAACUAAAACAGUUAUAAGAUUAUUUGGUUUUGGAUUCACAGAAGAUACUUUAAUCACUUUCACUGAUGAACAAGCAGAAAGAGGCACUAUUUGUGAUAAAAUUAAAAGUAAUGAAUUUCUAGUAAAAAAUGUAAGAAACAAUACUGCAACUAUUGAUGUAGUAUUACCUCUUGGUUCACCUUUUUACAUAUGUGUAAAACAACCAAUACAUGAAAAGGAAAGUCGAAAUCUUCUACUGUUUAAACAUCAAGGGACAGAAACAUGGAAUACUAUAUACACAUAUGAAAAAUUUUUACCACUUUGGCUUAGUAUUUUAAUUAUACUCAUGUGUCUUACUUUUUCUGCUCUAUUUUCUGGUUUAAAUUUAGGACUAAUGGCAAUGGAUAGAACUGAAUUGAAGAUACUUUGUAAUACUGGAACAGAGAAGGAAAAACAAUAUGCAAGAACAAUACAACCAGUGAGAAAUCAUGGAAAUUAUUUGUUAUGUUCAAUUUUAUUCUCUAAUGUUUUAGUGAAUUCAAUUUUCACUAUUUUAUUAGAUGAUUUAACUUCUGGAUUAGUUGCAGUUAUUUGUUCUACUUUAGCUAUUGUAAUUUUUGGUGAAAUUUCACCACAAGCUAUUUGUAGUAGACAUGGAUUAUGUAUUGGAGCAAAAACAAUUUAUAUUACAAAAUUAACUAUGAUAAUAACAUUUCCAUUGAGUUAUCCUAUUAGCAAACUUUUGGAUUUCCUUCUUGGAGAAGAAAUUGGUAAUGUGUAUAAUCGUGAACGAUUAAAGGAACUUGUGAAGGUGACAACAGGAUAUAAUGAUUUAGAAAAGGAUGAGGUGAACAUUAUUGCUGGAGCAUUAGAAUUACGAAAAAAAACUGUUGCAGAUGUAAUGACAAAAAUUGAAGAUGUAUAUAUGUUAGAUUAUAAUGCUAUUUUAGAUUUUGAAACAGUAUCAGAAAUUAUGAAAUCAGGUUUUUCUCGUAUACCAGUAUAUGAAAAUGCAAGAACAAAUAUUGUUACAAUGCUUUAUAUUAAAGAUCUUGCAUUUGUUGAUCCAGACGAUAAUAUGCCAUUAAAAACUUUAUGUCAAUUUUACCAAAAUCCAUGCAAUUUUAUUUUUGAAGAUGUUACAUUAGAUAUUAUGUUUAAACAAUUUAAAGAAGGUCAUAAAGGUCACAUGGCAUUUGUUCAAAGAGUUAAUAAUGAAGGCGAAGGCGAUCCAUUUUACGAAGUAAUAGGAUUAGUCACAUUAGAAGAUGUUAUAGAAGAAUUGAUUCAAGCUGAAAUUAUGGAUGAAACUGAUGUUUUUACGGAUAAUAAAUCCAAGCGUAGAAGACAAGCUAGACACAAAAUACAAGAUUUUACCGUGUUUGCAGAGAAAAAAGAAAAUCAACGAAUUCAUAUAUCGCCGCAAUUGACGUUGGCUAUGUUUCAAUACUUAUCUACAACUGUAGAUGCUUUUAAACCCGAUACUAUAUCAGAAACUAUUUUACGUCGUUUACUUAAGCAAGAUAUUAUUUAUCACAUCAAAGUGAAAUCACGUGAGAAAGCAAGAAAUGAUCCAGCAGCGGUAAUUUAUCAACAAGGAAAAGCAGUUGAUUAUUUCGUUUUAAUCUUAGAAGGCCGAGUUGAAGUUACAGUUGGAAAAGAAAAUAUGAUGUUUGAAAGUGGACCAUUUACUUAUUUCGGAUCUCAAGCACUGACUGUCAAUAUUGGAAUUGCCGAAUCACCUACUAAUACAAAUCCUCAAACAGUGGGAAGUAUACAAUCGAUAAAUUUAGAUUCUAUGUUACGAUAUACAUUUAUUCCUGAUUAUACAGUACGUGCAGUAUCAGAAGUAUUUUACGUUAAAAUUAAAAGAUCAUUAUAUCUAGCUGCAAAACGAGCAACACUUCUCGAAAGAAGUCAAAAAGAUUCAUUACCUGGUCAAGAACAAUUUGAUGACGAAGUAGAAAAAUUAUUGCAUUCUUUGGAUGAAGACGAUCGUAGUAUGCCAGAAUCUCCAGUAUUACCUGUUGAAAAAGAAAAAGAAAGUAAAAAGGAAAAAGAAAAAGAAAAAGAUAAUGUACAAUCUCCUGUUUAUAGUGCAACUGCUCCAACUUCACCUGCUCCAGUCAGUGCUAGUCCAGUUACACAUUCGAAAUUCAUCUCAUCAUAUAGUGAUCAUAAUGGAAAACUUAAAAAUUCACCUGUAAAGACAGCAGUAAUUAGUUUUGGUCAAGCACAACCUAAGUUAGAUUUAAAUACAGAAAUUCUUGCUCGUCAAGAAGCAAAUAGAACUAUAUCUACAAAAAAAUUAAUUGAUGAUGAAGAAAGAACGAAUCUCCUGCCUAAACAAGAAGACUCUUAACGUUCAAGAAAUAGUCGACAAUAUUUAAAUGAGUCGACAUUAAUACUACAGGUAUUAAACAACGAAGAGCAGGAAAAACCUCUAUGACAUACAAUGCUAUCAUGGCAUUAGGUACUUAAUAAAUUACUUAAAUCUUUACCACAAAAGAAAUUAAUAAUAUGUUUUAAGUUUUAAAAAGUUAGUUUGAAAGAUAUCCAAAUGCGAUAUAUAUUCUAAUUUUAAAAGUUAGUACGCUCAGGGAAGGUUGCCAAAAUUUCAGAUACUCAUAUACAUUCAAUUAUUCUUAUAGUUUACGUAAAUAACUUAAUACGUAAUUAAAAUUUAAACGCAUUUUCAAUCAAUAGUAAUGAUUUUGUACAUUUUCCUUUUUUCAAUAUUUUGUAUUUUGAAAGAGCGGAACACUUACCGAAUAUAUUAUUAUAGGAAACUUCAUUUUCUAUUAUUUGUCACAAAAUGCACAUAUAUUUUUUAAUAAUUCUUCUUGAACAUUUGUAAAUAUCACUUUACCAUACAUUUUUUCAUAAAAAAACUUUUAUGAAAUAUGCAUUUCAUUUACUGAUGAAAUACAUAUUUACAUGACAUUUCUUAAUAAUUGAUAUGAUUCUCGUUGUUAUGCUUAUAUCUUAUGAAGCAAAAAGAGUUUUGAACAAACAAAACUUUAAUGCAGUUGUGUAGCUUUACUACGUGUAUACUAUAGAAACAAAUGUAAACAAUAAUUAGGUUUUUUAAAUUUGUUAUGUUAUUAAAUUGUGAAAUUUUACGUUUAUUCAAAAACGUAUUUGAUCGAGAAUGCGUUAUGAUAGGAAACUAAAAGAACACAUCUGAAUGUAUAUAAUUUAACAUAUUUUCCAGAUCAAGAGUCUUUAAAACAAUACAUUUUUAGUUAAAUUGUUCAGUUAAAUCCUUAUAAUAUUUCUUGUACAAGUGUGAAUAGUGUAAAUAGAAGGAACAUGUUGUUCCCAUUUGUAAUGAAUUGAAAUCCUCAGUAUAAAAAUACUAUGUAUUUUUAUUCAGUGCCUUAAAAAAUUUAUAAACUAUGUUUAAUCGUGUUUAACAAAAUGCAUUUUAAUAGAAAAUAGAUAUAAUUUCUAGAAUGAAUUCAUGUUAUGUUCAUUUAAAUUUAUUUAUUAUUUUAGUAAAAAUUCUAUUAAUUUAUCAUUCAAUUUUAAAUAGAAAUUUAUUUUUCCAUAAAUUUUCGUCGUAACGUGAAUAGUUGUGUUCAUUUAAGAAAAUAUGUUUAAUAAUAAUGCCAAGGUACAAUCUUAAAAAAAAAUAAUUUUAAAAAGUUCGAUAUUUUAACAAUAUGUAAUAUAUAUCUUUAUUUUUUUCUUUUAAUAUUAUUUUCUAUAAAUUUACAAAAAAUAUAUUUAAAAAAAAAUAUUCAAUGUUCUUACAUAUUAUAAGUUACAAUUAAAUUAAUAGUUUAGAAUAAUAUUUGAUAAAAAUUUUUUUUAUUUCAAGAUAUCUUUAAUAAAAAAAAUCAUAUUUAUGUAAUAAGUUGUUAAACUUACAAAAAACUAAAUACAAUAAUAAAAAUUUAUUUUUUUUUUUUUUGUAAAAAAAAUUAAUUAGCAUAUUUAAUCUAAGAAAUGUAGAACGAGUCUAUCAUAUAAAGAAUUAAUAGAAUAUAAUUCUUUAUUUAAAUCGCAAUUUAUUCCUCUCUAAAAUUUAAUAGAUAAAAUUUAAUAAAUUAUUACUGCCAUGUAAUUUUUUAAAGUUAAAAAUCAUAUUGUUUGUUUUAAAUAAUUUUCAAAGAUUUAUGACAAAUUUAAAAAUAAUAUUAUUAUCAUUAUUUAUAGAUAUUAAUUAUUUAAAAAAUGGAAUAAAAAAAUAAUACAAUAUCUUAAAUUAUGAAAUGUAUAUAUCUUUUAUUGAGAUAUUUUCAUCACAAAAAAAUAUUCAUUUUAGAAUAAUAUCAGAUUUUAAAAAAUUAUUCAGAUUAUUUUUUUUACAUAAUAAUAUAUUUAUUAUUUGAACAAUUUUAUAUAAUAUGUUUGCAUCUUGAAAUUUUAUGAAAUAUUUUUCAUUAAUAUAAAAUAUAUAAUAUAACUUUAAAAUCUAUAUAUUCAUAUUGUAUAUUAUGUUAUAAUUAAUGUUAAUAUUUAGAAAAUGCAUAACUUUAUUAAUAAGUAAAUAAUCACGUAUUUUAUAGCAUUUAUCAUUUUGCUUAUUUUUUUUUCUUCAAUACUUAAUAACAUUUUGUUUUUAAUUUAAAAUAAACAUUACAUUUUUAUAGUUCAUUUAGUUUCAUUAUGCAUUUUAUUUAACAUUAAUAUUUAAAGUACUUAUUAAAAUUUUUUUAUAUUUAAAGUUUAUCAUAAAAAUUAAUUAAUAACAGAGUGUUUAUAAUUAUAACAAUUAUAACAAUUGUAUUUAUAAUUAUAUCUUAUGAUAAAGAUUUACAUUUUAUUUAAGAAUAUGAAAAAGAAGUUUAAAAUAACAACUAUUUACAUGCAUUAUAUUCGUAAUGAUUUUUAGUUAAUUAUUAAUUAUUAUGUACUAGUGUGCCUAUAAAUAUAAAUGUAUACUGCAUAUACCAAUGAUAUAAAAAUUAAUAAAUCAAAAUUUUCUUUAAAAAAAACAAUUGCUAAUUAAUAGCAAUUUUCAAUUAAAUUAAUACGUUUUAUAUUGGUGUAUAGCAGGAAAAUCACACAUAGUUUCAUUAUUUGUAGUUUCAACAACAUUGUAUAAUCUGUAUUGUAUAAUUAUAGAAUCGAUGCAUGUUAAUAGAAAUAUGUAUACGAAAAGAGAAAAAAACAAAGUAAAAUAUUUACCAACAUAUUAUAUUCUAAAUAAAGAUACAGUUUUGUUUUCAAA